GAUGAACACAACUUGCUGGAUGGAUUUUGUCACAAAUGUGUCGAAUUUAUGCAUUAAACAUUACAAUGAUGCUCUGCCCAAGAAGGGAAAACCACAGGUCAACAGGGAAUGGACGUUGCUGGCGGCAGUUGUGCAGAAUUCUGCUGCUUCCAGUGAGCGAAUUUCAAUGACAGCAACAGACGGCUUGAAGGUUGUUGCUAUGGCAACAGGAUCAAAGUGUAUUGGCCAGAACAAGAUGAGCAAAGAAGGGAACAUCAUCAAUGACAGUCAUGCAGAAGUUUUGGCAAGAAGAGCAUUUAUAAGAUACCUAAACGAGCAACUCCACUUUGCCUACUCCGAUCAGAGAGAGAGUAUCUUCACGGGACCCGAUCAAAACUUCAAAUGCCACCUCAAGGAUGACGUAGAGUUUUACUUCUUCACGAGUCACACACCUUGCGGAGAUGCCUCUAUAUUCCCAAAGGAGGACCCACCCUUGAUUGUGUCCUCUCAUGAUGAAUCUAAGAAUGAGACUCUAAGAAAGGAGGCAAAUGUUACGAUCAAGGAGAAAGAUACUGAUUUUGAGGGAACUGAUUGUGAAAGGGAUUUCAGUCCAGGAAUAAAACAUAAUCAAGAUCACAGAAAGGAGGAGAUAUCCUUGACUGUGUCCUCUCAUGACGAAUCUAAGAAUAAGACUCUAAGAAAGGAGGCAAAUGUUACAUUCGAGGAUAGAGAUGCUCAACUUGGGGGAACUGAUGGAGACAUCGAUUUUAGUCCAGGAAUAAAACGAGAUCAAGAUUACAGAAAGGAGGAGACGCCCUUGACUGUGUCCUCCUCUCAAGACGAAUCUAAGAUUAAGACCCUAAGAAAUGAGGCAGAUGUUACGUUCGAGGAGAAAGGUUCUGAUCUUGGGGGAACUGAUUGUGAAACCGAAAUCAGUCGAGGAAUAAAACGAGCUAAAAAAGGUCUCGGAAAGGGAAGUGAGGAUAUCUCGUCUGUUUUGCCAGCGCCCUCUGAGGAUUUCUGUUCGAGUAAGAGAAUAAAGAUGGAAGUGUUGACGUCGACAACUCAUACAGAGAUUAAAGGGUGUGACCGUAGGGUUCCAAAGGAAUGGAGUGGAGAAACAAAUAAUGAAGAGCUUGCGUCCAAUCCUGCCAAGUCUCCAAAAGCACAUACAGAAGUUGCAGUGACAUCCAAUGACAUCUACCGCACCGGUGCCAAGUGCGUUCCAGGAGGACCCCAAGAUUUACUCCACCACGGGGCGGAGUAUCACAGAGUCGGCCUCCUUCGUUUGAAGCCUGGACGCGGUGAUCGAACGCUGUCCAUGUCCUGCAGUGACAAGAUGGCGAGGUGGAAUGUUGUAGGAUACCAGGGUGCUUUGCUGUCACACUUUCUGGACAAGCCUGUCCACAUGAAGACGCUUAUUGUGGGAAAAUGUCCUUACAACCAAGCUGCGAUGGAGAGAGCCCUCAUUGGCAGGUUACAGCCAGUGUCCGACCUGCCAGAACCCUACCGCAUCAACGUACCGAGUAUAGUAUCAUCCCAGAUAGCAUUCCCUGAUGCUAAGGAUGAGGUGCAAGCUCAGUUUGCUGGGAACCAGGGAAAGAUGGCACCUGCUGGUUCAGCCAUCAUCUGGAGCAGGGUACAAUGUAAGCCUUUAGAAGUGUCGGUGAUUGGUAGCAGGCAAGGCGUCACCACCAAGAAUCUACACAAAGUAGAGGCCAGAUGUAGUGUAUGUAAGGCUGAGAUGUUUCGAUCGUUCAAAGAGUUGAUGCAAGCAAUCCCAGAACAUCAGCUGCCACUAACAUUGAGGAGUUCUAAACUACAAAAUUACCUUGAUUUCAAGCAAGCUGCCACAGUUUACCAAGAAGCUCUGGGUCGCUUACUCCACGUCUUUGAUACAUGGGUCAAGAAACCCGAGGAAUAUUCACUGUUCAGUUGACAGUCACUGGCCUGACCUUCAAGAUGUACUUGAGGAAUAGUUUUCACUUCAAAUUGUUGAGGUUUUUAGUCAGGGCCCAAUGAGGCAGUUCACCACAGAGUUGUGCCUGGUAGGCCUGUAGGCCUGUACAAUUUUACUGGAGCAUUUCAAGGGCACCAAGGCAAUGACCAGGGGGCAUCAGCCCUGGCCCGGUUUAUACUUCCUGCAAAAGCUUUGUUCAAAGCGAAUAAUCUUGCAUCACAAUUGGGUAGGCAGCGUGUACUGAUUUUUGCAUCACCAAAACUCCAAAACUUACUUUCGCAGUUGCAUUUGCAGAAAGUAUGAACUGGGCUUGAUGCAUUUUGGCCCAUAGGGUGCCAUAAGCGCAGAAUUCUGUGGUAAGCAGCAUCAUGAAAUUGGGCUUGGAAUUUUAACUGGGCUUAUU